AUGGGCGAGCACUCGAAAGCACUUUCAUUGUACGAAAGAUCACUUGAAAUCACCAAAAUAGCUCUCCCUCCGAAUCAUCCCGACUUGGCUACUUCCUACAACAACAUCGCUAUGGUGUAUUCCCACAUGGGCGAGUACACGAAAGCACUUUCAUCGUUAGAAAGAUCACUUGAAAUCCUCAAAAUAACCCUUCCACCGAAUCAUCCCUCCUUGGCUACUUCGUACAACAACAUCGCUCUGGUGUAUUCUCACAUGGGCGAGUACUCGAAAGCACUUUCAUCGUUAAAAAGAUCACUUGAAAUCCUCAAGAUAGCUCUCCCUUCGAAUCAUCCCAAUUUAGCUACUACCUACAACAACAUCGCUAUGGUGUAUCAUAACAUGGGCGAGUACUCGAAAGCACUUUCAUCGUACGAAAGAUCACUUGAAAUCAUCAAAAUAGCUCUCCCUUCGAAUCAUCCCUUAUUGGCUACUUCCUACAACAACAUCGCCAUGGUGUAUUCUCGCAUGGGCGAGUACUCGAAAGCACAUUCGUCGUACGAAAGAUCACUUGAAAUCCGAAAAAUAGCUCUCCCUCCGAAUCAUCCCGACUUGGCUACUACCUACAACAACAUCGCUUCAAUGUAUGAUAACAUGGGCGAGUACUCGAAAGCGCUUUCAUCGUACGAAAGAUCACUUGAAAUCCGAAAAAUAGCUCUCCCUCCGAAUCAUCCCUCCUUGGCUACUUCCUACAACAACAUCGCUAUGGUGUAUGAUAACAUGGGCGAGUACUCGAAAGCACUUUCAUCGUUAGAAAGAUCACUUGAAAUCCGAAAAAUAGCUCUUCCUCCCAUUCAUCCCGAUUUGGUUAGUUCCUACAACAACAUCGCUAUGGUGUAUGAUAACAUGGGCGAGUACUCGAAAGCACUUUCAUCGUACGAAAGAUCAUUUGAGGUUUUGAGAAAGUUGGUGCCUUCUACUCAUCCUCUUUUGGUACUUGUGAAAAGACACAUUGAAUAUUUAAGAAACAGACUUUAGUAGUUUUAUCUUUUAUUCUGCAAAAAUAAAAUUCUUGAAAUGUUUGUUUUGAUGAGGAGCCUCAUUGUUUUCUUUCUUGUGAUGGAGAAGGUGAAUCGGAGUUGCAGUGUUUGUAAGAGCGAUGCUGUAAAUUCCACUUGUAUUUAGCAACUCGGAAGUUGCUAUUGCGAUGGGGCGCGUGCGAGUGUGAGUAUGGAUAUGGCCGCUGGUGCGAGGCGGGAUAUCAGUGCAUCUGUGGCAGUCAGCUUAGCAACACUGUGAGCAAGAUACACAGUACCAGAGGUCCAACCUGGCCCACUUUUUGUAGGCCUGGCCUGCCUGUGACAGGCUUACACCCUUCUCAGCCUGCCUGUGCCUGUCAUCUUAUUUCUUCGGCCUGGCCUGCCUGCCUGUCACUUUCUUCGGCCUGCCUGGCCUGCCUGGCAAGGCCUGUCUACUUUUUUAAAGCCAAUAUAGUUAUAAUAAUAUGAUAUAAUUAAGUCCUAGACUUCAUAGAAAGUCCAGAAAGUCAAUGGAAUCAAUUUAGAUGACACAAGUACAAAUUCUCUGAUGUGGAGAUUCAAGAAAAUAUUUAAAAGCGUUCACUAUACAGAAGUGUUCCUUUCCUAUCUAUGCACAAGAGCAUAUAGGAAAAAGGUGUGGGUGUGGGUGUGAGUGGGUGUAUAGGGAGUGGGUCUGGGUCUAGGUGUAGUAAGAGAGAACAGUAACACCCACACCCACACCCACACCCACACCCACACCCACACCCACACCCACACCCACACCCACACCCACACCCACACCCACACCCACACCCACACCCACACCCACACCCACACCCACACCCACACCCACACCCACACCCACACCCACACCCACACCCACACCCACACCCACACCCACACCCACACCCACACCCACACCCACACCCACACCCACACCCACACCCACACCCACACCCACA